ACACACACGAUUCCGUGGGUUUGGUUGUUGAGACGCAGUAGCAGCGGUCUCUUUAACGCCAGGGCAGAUAGUCGAUUGCCGAGUUCCAUGGCUAAGAUUAAAGCCUUCGAGCCUACAUUAGCCACAACAAUCGCUUCCUGAUCAAGAGGAUUCCCUUCAGUGUGGAUACAAUAACACAUCCGUGAAGGUCCUCCGUAUGCUUUGGCGGAUACGAUGGAUUUCAACGUAAAGAAAUUGGCGUCCGACGCGGGGGUGUUUUUCGGCCGAGCCGUUCAGUUCACAGAAGAGAAGCUGGGCCAGGCUGAGAAGACAGAGCUUGACACACACCUGGAGAACCUGAUCACCCGCGCAGACAACACCAAGAACUGGACCGAGAAGAUCUUCAGACAAACUGAGGUGCUCUUGCAACCCAAUCCGAUUGACCACACUGGCGCCCGCAUCGAAGAGUUCUUCUAUGAGAAGCUGGACAAGAAGGUCCCGUCCCGGGUCACCAAUGGGGAGCUCCUGGGCCAGUACAUGCUGGAGGCCUCCCGGGACUUUGGUCCCGAGACCCCCUACGGCAGCACCCUCAGCACCGUGGGGGAGUACCAGAGGAGGCUGGGGGGGGCAGAGAGGGAGUUCCUGCUCACCUCCUCCAUGAACUUCCUCACACCGCUACGCAACUUCCUGGAAGGGGACUGGAAGACCAUAACAAAAGAGAAGCGACUACUGGAGAAUCGAAGGCUGGACCUGGACAUCUGUAAAGCCAGGGUGAAGAAGUCCAAGCAGGCCGAGGCCAAAGCUGCGACUGCUCCAGAUUUUCAGGAGACGAGGCCUCGCAACUACGUGCUGUCUGCCAGUGCAUCAGCGCUGCAGAGCAAGGAGGGUUGGGAUUUUGCUGACUCCAGUGUUUCGGAGAUCGAGAAGCUGCUAAGUGAGGAGGUGGACAAAGCGGAGCAUGAGCUCCGUGUUGCCCAGACGGAGUUUGACCGUCAGGCGGAGGUCACCAGACUACUGCUGGAGGGCAUCAGCAGCACACAUUUGAACCACUUGCGUUGUCUGCACGAGUUCGCCGAAGCGCAGGCCAAAUACUACGCCCAGUGUCAUCAGUUCAUGCUGGAGCUUCAGAAGGAGCUCAACGGGACGUCUGCCACGGCCGCCCCCUCCUCCUCUGCCGCGUCCGCCUCCGCGGCGCCCCCCCGGCCCGACAGCGUGGCCAUCGAGGACAUGAUCCUGCCGGCCACGGGCACCAGGAAGGCCCGGGUGCUGUACGACUACGACGCCCACGACUCCAGCGAGCUGUCCCUCCUGGCCGACGAGGUGAUCACUGUGUACACGGUUCCCGGCAUGGAUCCUGAUUGGCUGGUCGGCGAGAAGGGGAACCAGAAGGGCAAAGUCCCGGUCACCUACCUGGAGUUGCUGAGCUAAUGGACACGCCCUCACGCACAUGCACACGUGCACGCGCAUGCACAUGCAGACAUACACACACACAUGCGCAUACACACACAUGCAUACACACACAUGCAUACACACACACACACGCGCGUGUAUAAACAUCUACCUGUUGCUAAAUAGUGUGCAUCAUGCACACCAAGGUUUAGUCAAAGUUGAAGGAAAGGUUAAUUAAAUUGGUUCAAAUAGACUUCUCAUGUCUAGUAAAGUGUGUGUGACGUUAGAAACAAGUCACGGUGAGAUUUGGGUCGGUAAAUGUAAAUGAACGUUUCUCGUCGGUGUAGAUUGUGUUAGUGGAUCAUUGGAUUGGUGAUAGUGUUGGCAGUUUGGUGUAAACUACAGGUUAAAUAGGAAUUAAAGCCUGAUGAGAAUAACAUUUAGAAUAUUGAAUUUAGAAUAAAGAACAUAUAAUACAUAAAGAACCAGCCUUUGACAUUUCAUCGGUUAUAUAUUUAUGUAUUCUAGAUAGACAUUAGAAAUAUCAAAUAUUUGCCUAGAAGCUGUGGUAUUGUGUUCACAAUAAUUUCCAUAUUUUCUAAAAUUAAAUAUAAUCCAAUGAAAAUCACAGGAAAUAUCAGUAAUUACAUGCUGGAUUAUUUUUUAAAACCAAUUUGAACAGCCUUCGAGCGUUUCCCGAUACACUCCGGGCAGACAGAUGUUUGUCAAUAUUACAGUUCUUUAGUGUUCUAUUUUGUUGCGUCUCUGACGUUCGACCAAAGUACGAAUCAAAACGUCACCAAGGGCUGAAGCACCCCAAAGGUUUUUCUUUUAAAACACAUUUAACGAUAGAGGAUUGGUCCGGAUAAGAAUUAGUGCUGUCGACAUGUUACAGAUGGGAUCAAAACACUACACGAGCCUUUAGUGAUUGCACAAGGAGGGAGUGGGGGGGAGAUGAUUGGGGGGGGGGGGGGGGGGAUGAUUGCUGGCUUCAGUCAACAGGAACUGUUUGACUAAUGGAGACUCUAUUGGCUAUAUUCUUAGACUUUAAAAUAUAAAUCUGUUAACGUUUGAUCAUAAACAAAAGUUACAAUAGUUAAUAUAUUAUUUAUAACAUAUUGGAAGGAUAUUAUAAAGGUGUUAUUAUUAUGUCUAAUCUGAUUUAGUGUAGACAUUAACUGAAUGGCAAAGAUAAGGCUGGCAAACAAAUAUGACCUAUGAAUAAAUGAUAUAUUGAAAAUAGCGGCAAUAUCAAUUUGACUAAUAUAUAAUGGCAUAAUGCGUGAAGUUGCCUUGUAGUCUAUGUGGCAUGUUUGUGUUUCUCUCCCAUUCUGUCUCCAUAACACGCGUCUUUAUUUCUGGAGGAUUUCUAAGAGGAUGCCCAAGAGUCCGACUUCUGCUUUUAGCAGAAAGACCAGUGAGAGAUGAGCGGCAUUGGUUAUCAUAACCGGGUUUGGCAUCUGAAGGUUUGCUAUCACCGCAUUGUAGACUUGGCGUUGCAUUUGGUUUCGCUGUGCGGUUGACGUUUUAAGAAAGGUUAACAGCGUACGAUAAUAAGUGUGUCAUUUGAACGCAAGCGCUUCGGACACUGUAGUGCACUACUUUAAAGUUUAAGUUUAAUGUCUUAUUUAUGUUCAAUAUGUAUUUCAUGAGGUUAUCAUGUGAGAGGCAAGUGUGUGAGAAAAGAAGAGCAGGAGAUGGGAAACAUGUGUUUUGUUUUCGCACAAUACCUUGAACUUGAGGUUGUUGCCCAAGUUACCCGGAUAUGUCCAGUGUUUUUGUUUUUUUAAUUUAGGUGGUUAAUGUUUUUGAAAUACUGGAACUGUACUUCAAAGUUUUUGUUCCCUUUUGGUCAACAUUCAAAAUUGAGUUUACUGUUCUUAAAGUCUCUUGUAUGCGGAGAUUCCUUGUUACAAUCGUAAAAAGGAAUAGCCAUUUUUAUUUAUUUUAUCCUAAGUCAUUAUCUGUUGUCCUGUGUGUUUGUGUGUGUGUGCGUUAACUAUCUGCCUGCUCUUCCUUGUGAUGUCCUUCAAGCCUAAGUUAACUCGAUGUGCGCAUUAUGUCUGUUGCCUUUUUAAAUGUGUUUCACAGCAGGUAUUUGAACUUGAUCAGAAAAUGUUUGAGUUUAGAAAGAAUCAAAUGUCUCCAAAUGGUGGUUUUACUGGAAGGCACUGCAUAUUCUCUCUGGUUUGAUGUGCAAUAAAAAUGCAUGUGUGAUAUUGCACAGUGA